AUGGUCGCGCUGGAACGAGGACACUCCGUCAGGACUGGUGACGUAAGCAGACUGGAACCUUACCUGGGUGCAGACGGCCUGAUCAGAGUAGGUGGGCGACUGAAGCGUGCUGCUCUCCAUCCAGACCAAAGGAACCCCAUACUGUUACCCAGGGACAAAACCACAGAACUUAUCGUACAAGAGGUACAUUCGACCAGGGCUGGCCACUCAGGACAUGAGCACACUCUAGCAGAGGUACGCGAGACAUAUUGGAUACCCAAAUGCUGUAAGAUGAUCGACCUAGUACUACGCAUGUGUGAAAUUGGUCGAAGAAGCAAUUGGAAGCCUACCCACCAACACCAAGCUGACCUGCCAGAGGACCGGGUACAUCCAGAAGAUCGGCCAUUCACCUGCACCGGAGUCGACUGUUUUGGUCCCUUCAUGGUUAAACAAGGCCGGGCCCGGACGAAAAGAUGGGGAUGCUUGUUCACAUGUCUAGCCACCCGAGCUAUACACCUGGAAGUCCUCACCUCACUGAACACAGACUCAUUCAUCAACGCCAUGACGAGGUUCACAUCCCACAGACGACCUCCCAAGCGCAUCAGAUCCGACAAUGGAACCAACAUGAUUGGAGCGAACAGAAAACUUCGGGAGGCGGUGAGUAAGUGGAACAGCAGUGACAAUCUUAGGAACACACUUUUGCAGAGGCAAAUAGAAUGGGAGUUCAACCCUCCAACUGCCUUUCACAUGGGUGGAGUGUGGAAGCGUCAGAUCCACAUGAUGAAGAAGGUUCUCCAGGGGGUGUUGGGCACACAGGUACUAGACAACGAGCGACUCAACACCCUGUUCUGUGCCGUGGAAGAGAUUGUCAACGUGAGGCCCAUCACCCCAGUAUCCAACGACCCGAGAGACCUAGAAGCACUCACUCCCCUUCACCUACUGUGA